AAAAUGAUCAUAUCUGAUCAGUCUUUAACUUUUCUUUCAUUAAUUAUCUAUUUUAGCAGAUUGUUUCUUAGAUACAAUUGCAAUUUGCUAAUGGAGUCAGAGCUUAAUAAUAUCGGAGAGGAUAUUCUUGAAGGAGAAGAUAUGUUAAACCUUGAAGAUCUUGACGAGAAAGAGGUUUUAGGCGACGACGAUGAUGAGAAAAUUACUCUCAAAAAGGAAUCGGAAGGUGAUGAUCUUUAUGAUGCUGCGAUUGAGCCAUCUGGUCCAGUUAAUGAAAAGAGGGAAUCAACUGAAGAUCACUUGCAAAAUUCUGUAUCUAGGAAGCAUUCCGUUGUGGUGAAAGCUGAGCCAACUGCCACGCAACAAGCGGCAGGCAAGCGUUAUUGUUGUUAUGUUGGAAACAUGACAUGGUGGACAACGGAUGUAGAACUUGAGAAAAUUGUCCAGACCUUUGGUAUCGAUGAUUUGAUUGAUAUUAAAUUCUACGAGAAUCGCAACAAUGGUCAGAGCAAAGGUUUUGCUCUUGCUGUUUUUGGAAGUGAGCCGUCCGUCAAAACUCUUAUGGAGAAAUUGCCAAACAAACAAGUGCACGAGCAGAAUCUCGUCGUCUUGCCCUAUACUAAACAAUCAUUGGCUAAGUUAGAAGAAGCAACUAAACGUUAUGACCAGAAGAGUGGUGAUCGAGAGCGUAGUCGUGACAACCCUGUAAAGGAAGAAAAGAUUGUGAAUAUUGGCACAAUUCGUAUUGGCACUAACGGGGCGCCUGUGCCGCAACUUAUGUCGUCUAUUAAUUUGGCUCAUUUGGCGAGACCUGUUGUUCCGCAACCACCACACUCUCAGCCAACUAGUCUUCUAAGCUUGAAUUUUAAUGCUCCACCAGUUCCUACCUCCGUAACAACAGUUAAUGUGCCUCCACCAGUUGGCUUUCCUCAUAAUGUGCGCCCACAACAAGCUGCUUCAGUUGGUCUUAUGUCUAAUGUUUCUACUGGUUCUGUUAUGCCAUCAGGUACGCCUAAUCCAUUGAACAAUACAACUGCUGUAAUAGUUCAACAACAGCACCCGCAACAACAGCAACAACAAAUUGCAGCUAUGGCCGUUGCUGCCCACCAUCAACAACAGGCAGCUGCUGCGGCUCUUUUAAUGCAACAACAACAACAGGCGGCAGCUGUUGCUGCAGCUAACCAACAACGCCAGAAUUUAGCGGCGGCGGCGGCCUCAGCUCCACCUCCCAUUGGUGGUAUUGUCCAUCACCAGCCACCUCUAACUAACACUUCUCAACAACAAGCCCUUCAACAGGCAAUGAGUGUUAACACUGCAGCUCCACCACCCAUGACAAUGACUUCAGCAGGUGUAAUGGCUGUGUCUAACCAACAAAUGUUACAACAACAGCAGCAGCAACCGCAACAUCGUGUACAAUAUAGACCGCCUGAUAUCAGUCAAGUAUCAGCUGGUGUUGGAAUGCAAUCUGUUCAGCCUCAACCUGGAUUUCCAUCAGGUGCACACAUCAAUCCGCAAGUUUAUCCUAAUUUUGCUCAUGGUGCCGCUGGAGUUUAUGGUCAUCCAGAAAAUGGAUCGAUGAUGUCGGAGGUGGAAUUUCAAGAGAUCAUGACUCGUAACCAAACAGUUUCUUCUUCUGCUAUACAUCGAGCCGUAAGUGAUGCUGCUGGUGGAGAUUACGCGUCUGCUAUUGAAACAUUGGUAACUGCUAUUUCUCUAAUUCGUCAGUCACGUGUGGCACACGAUGAUCGCUGCAAGCUGUUGAUUAACACACUUCAGGAUACACUGAAUGGCAUUGAAGCUAAAUCAUACAGCAGUGGCAUAGCUGGUGGAGGUUCUCGAAAACAUCGUCGCGAACGUUCACGCUCUCCUAUUCGCACCAGCAAACGCCACCGUCGUUCGCCAAGUCGUUCGCGGUCUCGUGAACGUGGCAUUUAUGAAUACUCGCCUGUGCGCCAUUCAAUGUCUCGCAGAUAUUGA